AUGACAAGGGAAGGCAUUGAUCCAUUUGGAGAUGGCUUGCACUUGCAGAGAUCAGAGAGAAGAUGCUUCUUGUCUUUGGCCGAAGGCACCCUCACCCAUAACGCAGCAUUGGCAGUUGCUACUAAGCCAACUACAGGUUUAUCUAAAAAGAAAGGAAAGUUCCCGGCUCAACCACAGAAAAAUUCGAGAGAAGUAAAUGAAGUUUCUAAAGUGAAGAAGGAAUAUUGCAAUACAAUUAUCACACUCAGAAAUGGGAAAGAAUAUGAAGGGCCUAAGUUAUCGAUAAGUGAAGAUAUUCCUACUAGAGAUGAACCAACCGUGGAGAAAAAUGCUAGAAAUGAGAAAGAGCAUGAAAUGUAUGAGGAAGUCAUUGUGAGCAAAGAUAAAAGAAGUGUUUCCAAUCAUUUGUCUUUCCCUUCAGCUAUGCAGAGAAACAAAGUGGGGGAUAAGACUUUGGAGAUUUUGGAAGUUUUGAAGCAAGUGAAGAUCAACAUUCCACUCCUUGAUAUGAUCAAGAAAGUGUCUACUUAUGCAAAGUUCCUCAAGGACUUAUGCACUAUGAAGAGAAGGAUUAAAUUAAGCAAGAAAGCAUUCCUCACUGAGCAAGUCAGUGCCAUCAUUGAGAAUAAGGCAAUGGUGAAGUACAAAGAUCCAGGUUGUGCUACCAUCUUAGUCCAGAUUGGAGACUCAUUCGUGGAAAGGGCUUUGUUAGAUUUGGGAGCUAGUGUAAUUUUUCUUCCAUAUUCAAUCUAUAAGCAAUUGGGAUUGGGUGAGCUUAAGGCUACUACCAUUACACUCUCUUUAGCAGAUCGUUCGAUUAAAGUACCCAGAGAAGUAGUCAAAGAUGUUUUGGUGCAAGUUGAAAAGUUCUACUACUCAGUGGACUUUGUGGUAUUAGAUAUAGAACCGUUGAAAAAAUGUGUGAAUUAUGUUCCAAUUAUUCUUGGGAGACCCUUUCUUGCUACAACCAAUGCUCUCAUUAACUGUCGAAAUGGGAACAUGAUAGUGGAAAUGAAUGUCUUCAAUUUAUGCAAGCAACCGAUGGACCAUGAUGAUGUGGAGGCUGAGGAAGCAUGCCUUAUAGAGGCCAUGGUGCAAGAAUACAUAGAAAAGUUAAUGGAAGAAAAUAUAGAUGAAUUUUUCUCUACAAUUGUUAAGAAAGAACGUGUUGAAGUUGCUACAAAGUGGAAAGAAAAAUGUAUCAUUUAA